GUCGGUCGUCGGCAGUCCGGCUCGAUCCGUGCGCCCGUCGACUUCGUACCGUUCGCGCGCCGUGGGGUUCACUGUCGGGCGAAUAAAAAAAAUAAAUAUUACUUCGUACGCCUGCAGGUUCGGCGAUCCACCCGAGACGCGCCGUCGUGUUCGAAUCCUGUUUGGUGCGAUCGAAUAAUAGACGCACGACUCCGGAUCGACGCGUUGCCGGAUGUUCCUGAUUUUCACGUCGCCGUGGAUUCCGGUUAAAAUUUCGUUUUUACCGUAUGCCAGAAAAGUUUAAGCGUGUGUUCGUCCGAUCCGACCGACUAUAUGUGGGGGGCGUGUUUUAUACGUUUCGUGAAUAUUAAUUUAUUUAUUUUGAUGACAUUACCGUCGGCGGAGAACAUUACGGUUUAAACAGAAAUAGAAACGAUAUUGUAUCGACGCGAAUACAUAUAUUAUAUAGCUAUUUUGUUGCCGAUUAAACGAGUAAAGUGUGCAGAUAAUUGAAUCACAAUGGUCGUGUUACCGGUGUUUGGACUACUCUUAACUGUUGCAGUCCAGAGGAUAUACGGCCAAUGUGAGUUUCCUGCCCAAUGGUCCGGUCGAUGGUUUCAGUCUGGCGUGAACCACUACAUCAAUAUAAAUACGACCACCAUCAUGACCAAAGGAGAGUGCGUGCAAAACGUCAGCGACAAGUUUCUAAUCGAAGACAGGGACGAAGACUGCAGAAGGUGCCUGGUAAUCACGGAAAAACACCAGAACGUGAUACAGUACAAAGAAAACGCAAUAUGCGAAAAACGUAGCCUCGACGAUCUGUGCGGAGAGAUUACCAGUGACGCUCCACUCUACUCGAUGUUUAGGGUAGAUGCCACUCCAAUCCCGUGCCCGUUUGAUGGCCUACAAGCGCCGUUUCAUUUCUCAUAUAGCCGUGGUGGUUACACCGAAUGCAAGUCACCAGUUUCAAAAGCCGAUUCGUGUACGUCAGACUCGAGGUUGAUGCUCAAGUUUCAAGCUUGCCCGGACGUCCAUAACACUGAGAGCACAGUCGAAGAACUAUUGUGUUUGGCCACGUGGAAAGACGGAUCGACGAAGUACAUGAUCGGUAAGCUGGAACACACGCCUACAUCAUCGGAUGAAGAAAAGUAUCGGUGCUUUGUUGUGGGAAAAUCUAUGGGUGGUACGUUCGAUAUGGCCCAGUCAGGCGAUGCAACGUGUAAUGGUAUGUCAUCGCCCACUGACGGGUCAAGAACGAUGAAGUUCGUCAGAGCGGAGAACCACCAUCACCACGGCGUUGGUUCAGGUUGCCGAUACCCGUCAUGGUUAACCGAACACCACACCUGGCACUCGUUGAACCACGGUCACAUUUACCAUUUCUCGCCGAGAAACGGCACAUUACGGAAGAGCAUCCCAGGAGCAGGACCUGACCACGACAUCCGCGCCGCGUGUUACAAGGUAAUCAACGUUACCGAUAACAAGGCGCUGAUCAUCACGCACUACACUAUUGGGUGCCAAAGCGGAUAUGCGUGUAUGGGGUUUUAUCGCCGUGACAGCCAAGUUGUUGAGGUCCAAGAGAGUGAAAACCCGAUGGAGAACGCAGACGACGCUUGUCGGCCAGACAACUUCCACUCGCAGCAGUUGACGUACAGCACGUUAGUGCCUCCUGCGCCCAAAGGUCGAGAGUGCCCGUUCCUCGGCCGUUACGAGAUCAGCGGCGGACUCAACGCCGAAGAUGUGGGUAAAGCGCUGGCCGCCAGCCGGCCUGGAAGCGAAAACAACCAAGACAAACCAUCGAUCCCGUGCAACCCACCCGGCAAACAGUACCUGACCAUCGGAUGCAAUUCGCCGGACACCAUGGAAUUCCAGUCCGAGUGCGGUACCAAGACCGUAGCCGCGUACACGUGCUACGGACACUGGAAGAACGAAAUUACCGGCGUCAACUACGUGAUAUCCACGCCACAGGGACGAUCGGCUACGAAUUCCAGACGAUACUGUUUCAUCAUGUCGCAAGUGAACGGAAUGGCUCAGCAAACGUUGCACAUCGCCUCUGUGAUGGAAUCGUGCCAUCCGCACCCACUGGGUCGGCUUCACUGGGCGUUUAAUAUAACGCACCAAGGUCUCUGCAGUUCCGAGUCUAACAGCGCUAUCGUAACCGGCAUACCAGUCCUAGUCCUAUUUGCAGCUCUGCUGGCCGCCAUAGUCAAUCGCCGGUGAUCAUCGUCGUCGUCAGCAGUCGCGUCGGCCGGCCGGCCGCUAGACAUUUAGAGGAGGCUCGCGCCAAAAUUAUACAGAAAACCAAGACCACGUCGCUAAAAAAAAAUAAAAAAAUAUAUUAAUAAUUAUCGGGCGGUCCCCCGUGUAUACAUAUUAUUAUUAUUAUUAUUAUAUAGGUGUUAGGGAUCGCUUUUAUUUAUUUAAUUGUUUACAUAUUUUUUUUUAUUAAACCGACUUUAUUGUGAUCGUA